GCUACAUUUUCUGAAAUCACAAUCACAAGUUCUGCUCAAGCAAUAACAAAGAGAGAGUAAAUAGGAAAUCAAUUUUUUGGGGUUUAAGGGAGAAAAGAGGUUUCUGCAUCUUCGUUCUUCUUUGUUCUUCACACCACAGUUGCAGUUCGCAAUUCUACACUCUCCAAUGGUUUCCACUAUUACGUGGAUUCGCUACCUUAAAUCCAAAGCCCAAUACUCUCUCGCUCUCGGAUACAAGAACCAUAAAGGAGGUCAUGUCAAAGACAAUGAGCUAACGGAUUUUCUUUUCAAGCACUUCUGGCAUGGAAAGAUGACCUUCUUGCACUGGAAUAAAGGAGAGGAGAUGGCCCCUAUUAUUGCUGGAAAUGGAGCAACUCUUCUUGUUCGGAGAAUACCAAUUCCAGACCCAAGACAUGUUUAUGUAGGAGAUGUUGUGGUCUUGAAGAACCCUGAAAAGCCAGACGACUAUCUAGUCAGAAGAUUAGCUGCGACUGAAGGUUAUGAAAUGGCUUCUACUGAUGAAAAGGAUGAAUCGUUUGUUCUUGACAAGCAUCAAUGUUGGGUAGUGGCUGAAAAUGAAAAAUUGAAAGCCAAGGAAGCAAUUGAUAGUCGAACAUUUGGUCCAGUUCACAUGACCAACAUCGUAGGCAGAGUCCUAUACUGCCUGCGAAAUGCUGUAGACCAUGGCCGUGUACAGAACAGUCCUUUCAGCAUGCAAAACGACUCACCAGUGUUGGAAGUGGAACUCGAUGUUGAUGAGAUGGCAAAAAGUCACAAAGCCUGAACUUUUUAGUUCCGAGAAGCUCUAACUUCUUGAGUUUACCUGCCCCUUUGUUUCUGCUUAUGGAUUUUAUUUGAAGCAAGGAUGGAGAAUAAAUAUACGAUUUUUAAAUUGUUGCUAUGGGAUGGUGGUAUUAUGUGGAUGUCCUUAGAUUAGUCUGCAUAUUAGACAUUUGAUUAAAUCUUUUCCGAACCAGAAAAUUUGAAGCGGCCUGUGUUAAAGAUUGAGUUCAACAUUGUUGUAAGCUGAAGUUCUGGCAAAGGACUCCUCUGCCUCUUGUUCUAUUUUUAAGUCAUUUGGCUUCAAACUUGAUUGAAUAA